AUGGCCCAGAAAGCAGCCAAGACACUGGCAACCCGCAAUGCCGCCGUCCUCACCCGCACACACCUAAUCACCGCCGCCCUCCACCUCCUCUUCCUCAUCCUCCACUUUACAUUCCAGCGCCCCCGCUCACUAAAACCCUACCUCCUCCUCGCCGUGCCAACUCUAGUCAUCGAAUUCUACCUCGACCGUGUGGGCCGUCCCCACUACAACGAGGAUGGCUCGCUGCGCUCCGCGGGCGAGGACCUCAACGCUACGGGUCUGACUGAGUACAUGUGGGAUGUGCUGUACUGGACGGAGGGGUGCAUUGCCGCUGUGUGCAUCUUCAAUGAUCGGGCUUGGUGGUUGUGGGUGGUUGUGCCUCUGUACUCAGUUUAUUUGGUGUAUACCACUGUGAUGGGUGUGAAGAAGGGGUUUGCGGGGAUGGGUGGGGGGUGCGGAGGGGGCGGAGGGGGCGGAUGGGCAGGCGCCGAUGAGCAAGACGCAGAUGAAGAAGGAGAAGAAGGGGGACCGGGUGAAGUAUCGUCGGUGAUUGCACAGAGAGAGUUUUGA